GUCAUAUAUACACAUUAUUAAACAUUAAACACCAAUCAUCAUCCAAAAACAUCAAAUUAAAAUGCAGGUUUUUACACUUAGUAGUAUGUUAAUCAUCCAUUUGAUGAUUUCCCUUGUUUUUUCAUCAUUAUCCAAAGCUGAAAAUGGUGAAUACGCAGCUUGUUCAAUUCCUUAUUCAUGUGGGAAAAUCAAAAACAUAGGCUAUCCAUUCUGGGGAGGUAACAGACCAGAGUACUGUGGAGUUUCGGAACUUAAACUCAAUUGUCUAACUAACGCAGAUUACCCAACUAUUGAUGUUUACAAGAAUGGAGACAUCGGUUUAAGUGUUGUUAAUAUUAAUUCAUCUUCCCAAAUCAUUUCUGUUACUCGAGAAAAACUAUUGGAAAGAUGUUAUUUACAAGAUAUUAGUAAAAUUUCAUUACUUUCAACAUUAAACCCAAAACCAGGGUAUCAACCAAUACUCUUAUUCUAUGGUUGUAAUACAAAUAGUAGCGGGUGUUUCUCAAAGUAUAAAAACUAUUAUUCUUUUCCUUGUUCAAACUCUAAUGGUUCAUUUGGUUCAGCUUAUUAUUUUGAUAAUAUUUCAAAUUAUAGUUCGUUUAGUGAGUCGUGUUAUUGUAUAAAUAACGUUACAGCUUUGAUUGAUAAGACAGGAUUAGAUGAGUUGAGAAAUAAAAAUGGGUCGCUUUGGAGUGUAAUGACAAAGUGGCCUAUGCAGCUGAAGUAUUCUGUGAAUUUGAGUGAGUGUGAGAAGUGUGAAGCGUCAGGUGGUAGAUGUGGAUCUGAUGCGCUUCUUUCGCAUCGUUUUAGGUGUAUUUGUCCAGUCGAUGGAGAUCAGCCAUUUGUGUGUUCUCGCUCAGGUGUUAGAAGAAAACUCGCUCUCAUAAUAUCAGGUUCCGUAGCUCUAGCACUAGCUGUAGUGAUGUUGAUUUGUUUUCUAGUAUACGCACAUAAAGGAGGAACAGCUAAGAAAUUCUCAUUUCUUUGGAGCAAAAGCAAAGAUCCAAAUGUAACAGUCUUUCUCAACAGUUAUGGUUCCUUAAUCCCCAAAAGAUACACAUACACAGAUAUAAGAAAAAUGACCAAUUCCUUCAAAGAUAAACUUGGUGAAGGAGGUUAUGGUAGUGUUUACAAAGGGAAACUACAGGAUGGUAGAUUCGUAGCUGUGAAGAAACUUAAGACUGUAAAGGGUGAUGGUAAAGACUUUAUUACUGAAGUACUAAGCAUUAGUAGAACAAAUCAUGUCAAUAUUGUCACCCUUUUAGGCUUUUGUUUCGAAAGAGAUAAACGAGCUCUUGUAUUCGAGUUUUUACCAAAUGGGUCUCUCGAGAAGUUUAUAUGUGACGGAGAAAUAAGCCAUUGUUUGCAAUGGGAAACUAUGUUCAAUAUUGCAAUUGGAAUUGCACGAGGAUUGGAUUAUCUACAUAGAGGAUGCAACACAAGAAUACUACAUUUCGACAUUAAGCCUCAUAACAUCCUUGUUGAUGAGGAUUUUCAUCCAAAGAUUUCCGAUUUUGGUCUUGCUAGAUUAUGUCCACCCAAGAAUAGUUUAAUAUCAAUGUCGGAAGCUAGAGGAACGAUUGGAUACAUUGCACCAGAGGUACUGUCGAAAUAUUUUGGUAACGUGUCUCAUAAAUCAGAUGUUUACAGUUACGGAAUGAUGCUACUUGAUCUAGUAUGUGGUAGGAAAAACAAAAUGAAGGUUAAAGAUGCUGAACAAAGCAAUGAAAUGUACUUUCCUGAUUGGUUAUAUAAACAACUUGAAGAAGAUGAGGAAACUGGUAUUCAUGAGCUAAUGAAUGACAAGAAUAAAGAGUUGGAAAGAAAGAUGAUAAUAGUGAGUUUAUGGUGUAUACAAACAUAUCCAUUGAAUCGACCAUCGAUGAACAAAGUAGUGGAAAUGCUUGAAGGGCCAUUGGAGUCAUUAGAAAUACCUUCCAAGCCAAAUACAUGUUCUCCUGUAAGACCUGUGUUUGAUUCUUCGGACAUGACCACUAGUUAGGAAUUUUAAUUUGUUUAAAUUAUGGUUAGAAGAAUUGUGUAUUCAUAUAUCAUUACUUAUCUCUAAGUCUUCCCUCAAUUUCCAUUACUAUAUGUAGUUAACACAGUAGUUCACCCUCGUGUCCUUUUUCUCUGAUUCACACCACUAUUAACAUUAGUGUCGAAAGUUCCAAUAUUAAUUUAUUGGGGAAAUAUCACCACAAGUGCUCACGUUCGAUAGAAAAUAAGAUAAUUUUAUUAACAUACACUUAACAAUAUUUUAGAUUUGCAUAUCAUUAAUUUUUUUCCCCUACUUGAAUUAUUUUCCACCUUUUUUACCAAACUUUUAAGGAUAUUGUUGUGUAAAAUUUGAUCUCACACUACAAAAAAUUGUUGAAAUAGCGAUGGCUAAGAAAUCAUCACCAAAGGCGACGGACUGGCGUCGAAUACCUCAUC